AUGAGGUUCUCGCUUACCUUGCUCCUCGCCACGUGCGCCCUGUCGCACCAAGCCGUCCUGUCGAAACCGCAGCCCGCCGUCGCCCCAGCCCUAUGGGACGGCUCGUGCUUCUACCCAGUCGCCGAUGAGGGCUUCACCUUGGAUUCGUACGCCGGCACCUGGUACCAAGUGGCUGGCACCUUGGCCACCUUCACCGCCGGCUGCAGGUGCAUCCACGCCCAGUACUCCGUCAAUAAGGAUGGCAGCGUCAAAGUCGUCAAUAUCUGCGAGAGGAACGGCCGGCUCGGCAGUAUCACGGGCGUAGCUACGCUGGCUGAUGCCAGGUAUGGCAAAACCGGCGUGUUCCAAGUGCAUUUCCCACACCAGAGACCUUCGACCUGUCCCGGGCCCAACUACAUCAUUCAAGAAUACAAGAAGGAUCUCGCCAUUGUGCAGUCGAGCAAUUUCUCCAAUGUCUUCAUCCUAAGUCGAAGCCCGCAGGUUGACGAGGCCACCUUAUCGCGCUGGAUUGAGAGAGCAGGAGAACUAGGGACAAGCCCGGACAAGAUUGUGAAAACUGACCAGACCGGCUGCACCUAUAAGUAG